AUGGUGACUUACGAUGCCACGGCGUCUUACGGCUCGUCCGGCUCGUAUGCUGACACGGGACUUCGCGGACCUGUACCGCGCGAUGCUCGACUGAUCGCACUCAUCCUCUCGUCCAUGGGGGUGUCGGAUGUUGAACCGGCAGUGCUUCUUCAGCUGCUCGAAUUUGCACAUCGGUACACGUACGAUGUGCUCUCGGAUGCACUUGUCUACUCGGACCAUGCAAACUCUCGGCAGGCAGGCAGCAACCUUUCGCUCGACGAUGUCAACCUGGCUAUUCAGAGUAGGGUGAAUUACAGUUUCACCAAACCGCCUGAGAAGGAUAUGCUACUCGCACUAGCUAGCACAGUCAACGCGAUACCGCUUCCACCCAUCUCGGAUAGACAUGGCGUAAGGCUGCCUGCAGCACAACACUGUCUUACGAAUGUCAACUUUAGCAUUGUGCCGAACCCGCUUCCUGCGGACUUUGACGAUUUCGAACAAGCACCACCGCCGCUCGACCCUGCAUGCCCGACAUCCAACGGUUCUGGCGGCGGCGGGGUAAGUCAAUCCACGCUCGCAGACACACAGGCAUCCACGGGCUCAAACCUGUUCGAUUCAAAUCCAGCCAGACCCGCUCGAGACAAAGACGACUAUGACAACGACGAUGCAGACAUGUCGGCCGAUGAUGCCAGUGUAACCACCCUUCAUCCAAGUCAGUCGCAAACCCACUUGGCUCCAGAUACCGCCGACCCGUCCAGUCAAUCCCACACCCAAUCCUUACCCAAUACCGACUCGUCAAGAGGCGUCAAGAGAUCUCUGGAUGAGGACGACGAGUACGAUUGA